AUGCUCUUAAGGAAGCGAUGCCGGCAUGGACUUUGCAGAGGGCAGCUCCUGCUCCUUCUCCUGAUGCUGGGAUCUGUGCUGCUGAUGGUGGCCGUGCUGCACCCUCCCCCGCAGGCCCUGCACCAGGCAGGCACAGCCCAGGCCGGUGGGCACAGCCCUGAGCCUGGGGACCGCCUGGACUUGGGGGAAUCCCAGGAAUGGGUGCUGGAGGCCGAGGAUGACGGCCAAGAGUACGGCCUCCUGGAGGGCCUGCCCCCCUUGAUCUCACUGCGGGAGGAUCAGCUCCUGGUGGCUGUGUCCUCACCCAGGGUCAGAAGGAACCAGAGCCAGGGCAGGAGAGGUGGGCGCUACAGGCUCAUAAAGCAGCCGAGCAAGAGACAGGACGAGGAGGCCCCAGAGAGGGACUGGGGGGCCGAGGAGGAGGAUGGGGAGGUCUCUGAAGAAGAAGAGCUUACCCCGCUCAGCCUGGAUCCCCAAGGCCUCACAGGGGCACUCAGUGCCCGCAUGCCCCUGCGGAGGGCCCUGCCCGAAGUACGGCACCCGCUGUGUCUGCAGCAGCACGCUGGGGACAGGCUGCCCAUGGCCAGCGUCAUCCUCUGUUUCCACGAUGAGGCCUGGUCCACCCUGCUGAGAACUGUGCACAGCAUUCUCGACACAGCACCCAGGGCCUUCCUGAAGGAGAUCAUCCUUGUGGACGACCUCAGCCAGCAAGGACAGCUCAAGUCGGCUCUCAGCGAAUAUGUAGCCAGGCUGGAGGGCGUGAAGCUGCUCAGGAGCAACAAGAGGCUGGGCCCCAUCCAAGGCCGGAUGCUGGGGGCCACCAGGGCCACAGGGGACGUGCUGGUCUUCAUGGACUCCCACUGCGAGUGCCACCAAGGCUGGCUGGAGCCCCUCCUCAGCAGAAUAGCUGGUGACAGGAGCCGGGUGGUAUCUCCGGUCAUAGAUGUGAUUGACUGGAAGACUUUCCAGUAUUACCCAUCCGAGGCCCUGCAACGUGGGGUGUUGGACUGGAACCUGGAUUUCCACUGGGAACCUUUGCCGGAGCAUGAAAAGAAGGCCCUCCAGUCUCCCAUCAGCCCCAUCAGGAGCCCUGUGGUACCAGGUGGGGUCGUGGCGAUAGACAGACAUUACUUCCAAAACACUGGAGCUUAUGACCCUCUCAUGUCACUGUGGGGUGGCGAAAACCUCGAACUGUCUCUCAAGACCUGGCUCUGUGGUGGCUCCGUUGAGAUCCUUCCCUGCUCUCGGGUAGGGCACGUCUACCGAAAUCAGGAUGCCCACCCUGUCCUUGACCAAGAGGCCACCCUGCAAAACAAGAUUCGCAUUGCGGAGACCUGGCUGGCGUCAUUCAAAGAAACCUUCUACAAGCACAGCCCAGAGGCCUUCUCCUUGAGCCAGGCUGAGAAGCCAGACUGCACGGAACGCCUGCAACUGCAAAGGAGGCUGGGUUGUCGGAUGUUCCACUGGUUUCUGGCCAACAUCUACCCUGAGUUGUACCCAUCUGAACACAUGCCAAGGUUCUCUGGAAAGCUCCACAACACUGGACUUGGCUUCUGUGCAGACUGCCAGGCAGAAGGAGACACCCUGGGCUGUCCCAUGAUGCUGUUUCCUUGCAAUGACAACCGGAAGCAACAGCACCUGCAGCAUACCAGCAGGAAGGAGAUACGCUUUGGCAGCCCACAGCACCUGUGCUUCGGUGUCAGGGGAGCGCAAGUGGUUCUUCAGAACUGCACAGAGGAAGGCCCUGUCAUCCAUCAGCAGCACUGGGACUUCCAAGAGAAUGGAAUGAUAGUUCACAUCCUGUCUGGGCAAUGCAUUGAAGCUGUCGUGCAGGAAAACAAUAAAGACUUGUAUUUGCGCCAGUGUGAUGGGAAAGCCAGUCAGCUGUGGCGAUUUGACCAAAUCAACCCUGUGGAUGAAUGAUGAAUGCCAGUGUCAGAAGGAAAAGAGAAUUUUGGCCAACACAGUUCAGCUCCAAGGGAACUAAAGAGUAUGUAUAUUUCAUGAAGUAGGCCUCUUAGUGUUUGUGUUUCUGGUGAUAGAAAAGAAUAUAAACAAUCUCUCCUUCUUGCAUCUUAUUUCAUUGACAGCUGGCUGUUUGAAAAGGAAAAAUCUGAUUUAUUGUCUCAUUGUCUUCAUCACUGGAAGAUAAUCAUUCCAUAGUACAGAAAGUUCUUCAUUUUUUCCAUUAAACACUUAAACAAUUGCUUUUACUUCUGACUAGGGAAAGAACCCUGGGCAUUUCUAGCAGCACCUCUAGGACACAAAGGUCCAAUAGAUCAAUUUCUUUGCCUUCAAAUGAUCUUACCUUGGAUUGUCUAUGUGGCCAACCAUGAAAAUUAGAGUGUGAAGGGGAUGUAAUGGUUUGAUAUCCCAAAUACUUUGGACAAGGCUUGUUAGCAUGAAUUUCAUGCUCAUUGGUAUAACAAUAGCUCAGAAAAAGGGAGAGUAGGGUUGGAGCGAAGGUGGAAGGGAGCUUUGACCCAAUUAUUCAGCUCAAUCUAGCAGCUGAAAAGAGUCAGUAAACCUGAGAAAGGUAUUUUCACAUUUAUGAGAAUUUCCUCAAAUUUUCUACCUCUGUCCACCCUGUCCUAGCCUUUCCCUAGAUUAGCUACCAUAACCAGAUUCCCUUGCAAUGUAUUUCUCUUUAAUCCUUGGUAUUGCAAGGAUCAUCCAAGACUGAGAAUACUGAUUAACAAAAAUGUUUACAGUUGAGAGCCUCUCCUGAUGUCUUGUUUCAGGGCUUGUAUUUACUGGAUCAUUAACAACAGUCUUUGCAAAGUGACAGACUUCCUUGAGAAGGGAAUUACAAAGCCUAAGCUAAAGUUCUAUGAAAGGAAGCAGAAUUGGAUGUAAACGUUCAUGAAGUGGUCACAGGGCUAUCCCUGAGCCCACAAGAGCUAUCUGGGGCCUCCAAAUGAGCCCACAGGUUGAACAUUCACAGCGUGGGGAAAAAAGGACAUGUUGACUGGUGUGUCUGACACCUCAACAAGCACAGGGCCAAUGCCAAGAAGAGCUGAAUGACUCUCCUUGCUGUGUCCUCGCCUACCUAGUUCAGCCGUAAGUGUUGCUGAGUGUAGUUGAUUCUGAUAUUAAGAAGACACCAUUUCUGGGGACCAUGGUCUCAAGGGAUAUCUGGGUCUAUUGGCAUAACAUAGUUCUAAGACACAUCUACUGGUCCCAUCUAUCCAGAGCAAAGGAGAAUGAAGAAAACCAAAGACACAAUAAAAAGAUUAGCCCAAAGGGCUAAUGGACCACAUGAAUGACAGUCUUCACCAGCCUGAGCCCAGAAGAAAUAGAUGGCACCCAGCUACCAUCACUGACUGCUCUGACAGGGAUUACAAUAUAAGGUUCUGGACAGAGCAGGAAAAAAAAAUGUAGAACAAAAUUCAAAUUCAUGAAAAAAGACCAGAUUUACUAGCCUGACAGAGAUUGGAGGAACCCCCGAGACUAUGGCCACCAGACACCCUGCUGAGAACUGAAGCCACUCCCAAAGUCCACCUUUCAGUCAAAGAUUAACCCAGUGCCGUCAAGUCGAUUCUGAUUAGACAGACCUAUAAAUCAAACAGCAUACAUAUGUGAGGAAUGUGCUUCUUAGUUCAAUCAAGUAUACUAGACCAAAUGGGCAGUACCUGCCCAAAAGCAAAGACAAGAAGGCAGGAAGGGACAGGAAACUUGGACGAAUGGACACUGGGAACCCAAGGUGGAAAAGGAAAGAGGAGUGCUAACACGUUGCAGGGAUUUCAACCAAUGUCAUAAAAUGAUUUAUGUAUAAAUUUUUGGAUGAUAGAUAGUAGACAAGGAUCCACUUCAGUGAAGAGAAGGACAGCACACAACACAACUGGGCCAAAGCAAAAGCUAAGAAGUUUCCUGGACACAUCCAAACACUUUAAGGGACAGAGUAGCUGGGGCUAUGGCCUGGGGACCAUAGUUUCAGGGAUCAUCUAGGUCAAUUGGCAUAACAUAGUUUAUGAAGAAAAUGUUCUACGUCCCACUUUGAUGAGUAGCAUCUGGGGUCUUAAAAGCUUGUGAGCUGCCAUCUAAGAUACAUCUAUUGGUCCCAUUCCACUCAGAGCAAAGAAGAAUGAAGAAAGCCAAAGACACAAAGAAAAUACUAGUCCAAAGGAUUAAAGGACCAAAUGAGCCAGAGACUCCACUAGCCUGAGACAAGAACUAGAUGAUGCCUGGCUACCACUAAUGACUGUCCUGACAGAGAACACAACAGAGAGUCCCGGAUAAAGCAAGAGAAAAAUGUAGAAAAGAAACUUGCACUAUAAACUUUCACCUAAAGCACAAUAAAAAAUUUUAAAACCCUAGGAAUGAACCAUUAAAGAGAAGAAGAAGGUGCUAUUCAUGCCCAUUUCUCUCCCAGGUGGAGUUCACUCUCGACAUUAUCAGCUUGAAACCCUCUCCCUCAACAAUGCCGAUCUCCUUCAGGAUAUUUCAGAGCAAAGUGCAUUUCAAAUGAGAAAAAUUAGGUAGAAAGUGUGUGUCUACAAACAGUACCUAUCAUCAUUGUGUAUUCCUUCUCCACUUGCUUAAGUCAAUGGCAUGCUGCACUUCUCCUUUCACCUUUCUCUGUACUGUCCAAUAUGGAAG